AUGGAUCUUGAUCAUGCAUUACGUACCGAUCCUCCUGCCGCACUUAAUGAUAAGAGUACGGCAGAGCAAAAGCGUUUGCAUGAACAGUGGGAGCGAUCAAAUCGCAUGUCUCUCAUGAUAAUCAAGAAUUCCAUCUCUGUAGCUAUUCGUGGAGCCAUUCCUGACUCGGACAACGCAAAAACCUACUUAGACUCUGUGGAAGAACAGUUUAAGGGUACCUCUAAGGCUCAUGCAAGUACACUAAUUCUCAAGAUGUUAACUUCUAAAUAUGAUGGCAUUAGUGGUGUACGUGAGCACAUCAUGAUGAUGAGUGAUAUGGCAAAUAAGCUCAAAGGUAUGGAUAUGGAGAUUAGUGAAGGAUUUCUGGUUCACUUCAUAAUGACUUCUCUUUGA